AGACGGACCUCAUCGGAGGGGAACCGUAGUAUCCAAGUGCCCACUAUCAGCAUAACGGGCCCCCGGUUUGAGAGCUGUACGGACUCGGAGAGCAGUUCCUCCCGGUUCGGGGCCUUAGACGACGAAGUGUUUUACUGUGCGGCCAAUCACGAGGACGGCCACAAGUCGGCCCAUUAUCUCCAGAAAAGUCUAUUGAAUUCAACGCUUCUGAGGGAGACUUUCGGUAAUUUACAGACCUAUUUGGAUCACAUCAACAAUCAGACUACCAGUCCGUUGGAGUCGCACGACAUGAGACGACUGAAACUGUUGAAGAUUAAGAUCGAGAAGUGUUUGAUUUGUGAACAAACGGUCUAUUUUAGGGGAUUUCAAUGCCUUAAAUGCGGUCUAAUCGGACACCGAAAGUGCAUUAGAUAUUUGGUGAUCCGGUGCCCAAACAGCGGUCUGCCAUCCAAAGUGCCGGUGUUUGGCGUAGGGCUGGACGAGUGCGUGGGAGGAGUGCCUCAAGUGAUGCACACAUGCAUUAGUGAACUCGAGAGACGGCCGUUCAGUAAAUUAAAAGGCAUUUACAGAGCGAACGGCGACCCGACGCGAGUGUCGCUAAUUUGCGCCAGUUUUCAAUGCGGGCCACAAUUUAUUGAUCUCAGAUAUUGUAGUCAUAACGACAUCACAGAUGUUCUCAAAAUAUAUUUGAAUAAACUGCCGAAGCCAUUGGUGGGUCCGGAGCUACAGUUGGAGCUGAUCCGGAUCGCCAAGGAGUGGCCCCAGCGGAAGGUGCCCUACACUAAGUCCGGGGUUAUUAUCAUAAUAUUCGAGUUGCGAGAAGUGGUCAAUCACUUGCCGCCCAAUCACUUCCUUGUCUUAUCAUAUCUGAUGCAUCACUUGAAGAGAUUAUCUCUCCAUAAGAGGGAAGUCGAGACUAAUGAGUCGACUCUAGCCGUACAGUUCACCGCAAUUAUAUUCAAACCCAUGGAAUCGGCGAAUGUUGAGCUCACAUACAGUGCCAUACAAAAGAUCAGAGCCAUUGAAUUAAUGAUAACAAAUGCCACCGAAGUGUUUGGACCGCAGCCUAACGUUAGAUUACAAUUGACGGGAAAAUUGAGUUUGAAAUGAAAAUAAUGAGACCAAACCUGACGAGACAUCUCACUGAAGGCACAACUGUUUGAUAUGUUAUUUAUAUUUGUAUGAAAUGAUUGUUUUCUAUUAGACUAAGAAAACAUAUUUUUCCUAAUCCUUAUCCUCAUAAUAACUUAUAUUGUAUA